GGCCCGGCGGCCAUGUUGGAUUUUCCGCGCUGCGGCUUCGGGUGGUGGACGGUUGAGUUUUGAAUUUUGAAUUUUGGGGGAGAGCUAUGACGGACCGUUACAAUAUCCACAGCCAGCUGGAACAUCUCCAGUCCAAAUAUAUCGGCACCGGUCACGCCGACACCACCAAGUGGGAAUGGCUGGUUAACCAGCACCGGGACUCGUACGCCUCGUACAUGGGCCACUUCGACCUGCUCAACUACUUCGCCGUGGCCGAGAAUGAGACCAAGGCCCGAGUCCGCUUCAACCUCAUGGAGAAGAUGCUGCAGCCAUGCGGCCCCCCGCCCGACAAGCCCGAGGAGGCCUGAGAGGGCCGGGCCCGACCCGGGGUUGGGGGGGUGCUAAUGGCGGGAUGAUGGGGAUGUGAGGGGUAUAUGGGUGAA